AUGAUUAACAGAAGCUUGUGCAAAAACGAAUCUCUUUCACCAAUAAACUCUACUAAGCAAAUUUCUUAGUGGAAAAAAUUUGAUUUUUAGAAUGUCUAAAAGUUUAAAGUUGAAAAUCUAAAUAAAAAACUUAACUCUAGUAUUUCUCCGAGGCAAGAAUAAUCUAAAACAAACUAAUUUUAUAAUAAUUCCAACAGGAGUAAAAUUCAAAGUCCUUAAAAUAAAUUAAAUUCCAGUAAUCAGUUUUAAUAUUGCCAAUCCCCAAAAGCAUAAUGUCCUAGAUUUAAUGAUUAAAAAGAAAGCUAACUAAUUAAAUAGAAAUUCAAUUAAUACAAAUAAAAUUCUUUUUAAUUAUCUUCUCCUUAAAAUAAGAAUAAUAAUAAAUAAUAAAAUUUGAGAGAUAAAUAUCUAAUUAAUAAAACCCAUGAAAUGAAUAUUUUAGAAAGUGAUUCUGACACAGAAGAGGAAGUCUCUAUCUGGUAAGAAAAUUAACUUUAGACUAAUGGCGUAGACACUGAUUAGUUUGUUGAUUGUAGAGGAGAAAAAUUAGAUUUUUAUUAAAUAUACAGAUUACGCUCUGCUCUAUACUAACCAACAUAUGUAUCCCGCAUAGAUACUAUAUUUGAAGUGUAAAAUCUUUGUUAACAUUUUAAUAAAGAGAUAACAAUUGAGUAAUUAGAGUAAUAAUAAAGUUAUCUUGAUUAAUAUUAUGAAAUUCAGAAAAAGAAAAAGAAAAUGAAAGAUUAAAAGAUGGAAUAAUUACAGAAUAAACAAAAUGUCAAAAAUUUUACAUAAAAAUGUUAAACUGAAAGAAUUUACCGACCAAUGUCUUCAUAAGAAUAAAAUAAAAUUACUUCUACAAAAUUAAAAUAGUAAAUCAAUUAAAAUCAAAACAAUUAAAUUUAAAGAGAGUAAAAUGAAUUUCUUUAGAAUUAAUCAGAAAGAAUUCAAAAAUAAUAAUAUAAAGAUAUUUAAAAAUCAAUUGACAAAAAAGCAAAAGAACUCAAUUAAUCAUAUAAAUAAUUAUAGUAAUAAUACAAAUCUAAAAGAAGACAGAAAAUCAGUAUUGACUAAGAAUAAGCAUAAAAGAUGAUGUAAAAUAAGAUGAUUCCGAUCAAAUAAAUUAGCUUAUUGGAUGAUAAUGAUGAUGACCAAAAUGAUGAGACUGCUAAAACUGAUUAUAGUUUCUAUAAUGCCUCACCUAAAUCUAAUAAUAGAUUAAGCCAAUCAAAAGAUAAUAAAAAUUCUAUUAAAUGCUAGUAAAGCAAUAUCAACCAAAAAACUAUAAAAAUAUCAAAUUAAAAUGGAUAAUAAGAUUUUAAAGAAACUGCAAAAUCAGUACUUUCCUAUCUUUAAAAAAUAGUUUCUAUUCCAGCUAAUUAUGGUCACUAAUAUUUUUAAAGCAAUAAACUUCAUAACUUGACAGAAAAAUUUAUGAGACAGUAACCAAACAAAGGAGAUUAAGAUAACAAAUUGCGAAAUUGA